AUGGCCGCCAAAUAUGUAGCUCGUUUCGUUAACCGAAAUCCCAGGAACAAUGAGUUGAUCGGCCGACAAAUUCCGAACAGCGGAUACCAAUUUGAAGCAGAUCGCGACGUUCGCAGUUUUAUCUACAAAAUUGAAUUAGUUGAAGGAAAAUCGCACAGAGAAGGUCGACUAAUUCAUCAUGAGGAUGGUGUUGUGUUAAGCGCUUCAACAAGAGAACCUCAAAUAUCGGAUCAACUGUAUAGUAAUACGGAUACAUCGGCAGCGAUGAAUAUUGGAAGGAUUCUGGCGUUGCGGUGCCUUCAAUCCGGAAUUCAUUUUGCGAAACCCGCCGCCACCAAAGAUGUCAUUGAGAAAAGCCAACAUCAAAAGCAUUUCUUCGACGCUCUUCAAAAAGAGGGUUUGAUAUUGAACGAGCCCGAACCGAUUGAACAUAACUAUGAAAGCGAUAAAUCAUUCACAUGGAACAGGUAUCCGCUGAAAGCAAAUCGCAGUGAAAAACUGGAUGAAUUGUAA